GCGACGGAUGACAAGCCUAGGAGAGAACGAGCAUGGGACACCUUGGAUUUUUAUUUAUUUGGGUAUUUUCCAUCAUCCAGCAUCACAUUUUAGGUCACACGCUCCCUGCUUGCCACGAACAAUUGGAGUUCAGGUGCAAAGAUGGCUCAUGCAUCCCAAGCGAGAAGCUUUGUGAUCAAUACAGCGACUGUCACGACGGAUCCGAUGAACACCAUUGUGGUCAGCUCAAGUGUAAGAAGGGCGAGUUCACCUGUCUGAGCGGCGGACGAUGCCUCCCCUCUCACCUGUCGUGUAACGGCGUGGACGACUGCGGCGACGGCAGCGAUGAGGAUUCCUGUCCGAGCUGCGCUGCCGGCCUCUUCUCCUGCGGGCCGUCCGACGGCUGCCUCCGCAAGCACCGGCUGUGUGACGGACGCGUGGACUGCAAAGACGGGCGAGAUGAGAUCCAGGAGUUAUGCGCUCUGAGGCCGGCCAGCUCUUGCGAGGCAUCCGAGUUUGAUUGCGGUGACGGCCAAUGCAUCCUCCAUACUUGGAGGUGUGACAACAAAGCAGACUGCUCGGAUGCAAGAGACGAGGAGAACUGCGAGCAGAACGAGUGUCUCGUUAAUAAUGGAGGCUGUUCUCACCAUUGCGUGGAUACACAGAUGGGCUUCCACUGUGAAUGUCCCGACCGUAUGCGCCUUAUUGGGAAUACUCACUGUGAAGAAGUGGACACGUGCCUGGAAAGUGACCAUUGUGAUCAACUGUGCGUUGACACAAACGGUAGCCUCUCCUGCGACUGCCUUGACGGAUAUCAGCUGACCCCUACGAGCAAAGACUGCAAGGCUAAAGGGGUUGAUGCCAAGGUGAUGGUGUCCACAUUUGAAGGACUUAUUGAGAUGGGCUCUGGUGGUGCAACUUCCAGGACGUUAGCAGUCCAUGGACCGGGUCCUGUGGCAGUCUUGGCCUCUAAAAAUAUACUGUACCUGGCCCAGCAAGGACAGGGCUCCAUUUACAGGGUCAACCUAAAUUUCCAAGCCCAGGAUGCCACGUUGGUGCUGAAGUUUCUCAGUCCUGUCUCUGGCCUGACUCUGGAUUGGAUACAUCAUCUUCUCUUCUGGAGCUCUUUGGAGAGCGGUUCCAUUCAUGUCAGCUUGCUUGAUGGCUCUCAGCAGCGCCAAGUCAUCACAGGACUGGACAAGCCUUGUGCAAUCACGGUGGACCCUCUGAAUGGACUGCUCUUCUGGGCCCAGUGUGGCAGCCCAGCAAAAAUUGUGAGGGCGACCUUUGAUGGCCAGGAGAUGAGGAAUGUGGUGACUUCUCUACUACACAACCCGGUUGCUCUUACUCUGGAUACGCCUCGCCAGUUGCUGUACUGGCUUGAUAGCGGCAUGAGAAGCAUCUCCAGAGCCAACCUUGAUGGGCGUCACCGUAAAACUGUGCUGGAGUCAAACGGUUAUCUGGAUCAGCCAUUUGGGCUGGCGGUAUUUGAGGGUUUUGUAUACUGGACUGACCAAGACACACACUCCAUCUGCAGAGCCAACAAGCACAACGGGAACGACUUUCAACGACUUCUGACAAACGUCACCUCACCGGGCGGCCUUGCCAUCAUUCAGCCUGCCCUUCAACCCAAAUACAACGGCGUAUGCGGCCGUCCCGGAAUGUGGUGCACGCAGACGUGCGUUGUCGAUCUCCUUUCGCCGACCAUCAGCUUCCACUGCGCCGGAUCGCGGCGCAAUCCAUCGCAAGGCGUCCCUGCUAUUUCCCGCACCGUUCCUGCGUUCGGUUUAUCCGAUCCCGGAUUGGCGGGAAUCCUUUCGCUAACCGUGUUCCUCAGUGUGCUCCUGGUGGGAACGCUUCUGUGGUGGUGGAGAGAAGAGUUCCGGCCCGCCAGGAAUCUCGUAGUGCAAAGCUUCCCCCUCAACGAAUCUCAGGACCCGCUCAUCCAAGGUCCACGUGUAAGCAAGGAAACUCUUAAGCUGGACUUGGACUGUGAAUGAAGACGCCUUCGCCCGACAUUGUCACAAUCCUCGGUGAGCUGAGCUGCUGUGCUCAUCGUUACUCAUGGCGGCGUCCAAAAACAAACUGACUUUAGUUCUUUUGAUUACUUGCACCUCUUGUGAUUCUUUCACAUGUUGAGCUUGGUCACUCCAAAAAGCGCUAUGCACUUAAAGUAGUUGUAGAAAUUAAUUUAAGACCUACUUGUUUGUUGAUUGUAAAGCUUGUUGGUCAAAAGCAGUGUUUUAGGUGCAGCUCGGAUAUGCAGGCAAGGAAAUCAGCCUGUAUUGGUUUGAUACUUGAAGGUGUUGACUUCUGACACCAGGAAUAAAGGUUCUCACUUGGGAGGUUUGAAUUUAUUUUUUUUACCCCACAAGUAUCAACAGAAGUACGGUACAAACUGCUGUUUUGUUAUUUAUUUUGAAAAAUAGAGGAGUUUAUUUACAUAUGCGCCGUUGCACUUUUGUAUCUGCAACUGGAGCAAAACUGACUGUAAAAAAAAUAAAUAGUUUUUCUUCUUA